CCCCGCCAGCAGUGUGCAGGACGUGCCCGCUCACACACCCGCCAAGGAACAAGUCCAAACACACGAUACUCGCCCUACACACACCACACACAACUCUAGUUUAAUCACACAUCAACAACACCAUGUCACACCACAAACGAAUAAGACCUACUGUUGCGACAUGUGUAGUCAGCAGUUUACGACAAAACUUACUUUAAUCCGACAUAUCAGAAUACAUACACACCCGGAACUUACAUGCGGAGUUUGUAAUGAAGCAUUUCGAAAUAACUUGUUACUGAAUAAGCAUUUAAGAUUCCACUCAGCAGAGAGACCGUUCGUGUGUGGAGAAUGCAACAAGCGAUUUGCAACAAAACUUAUUUUGUAUAAACAUAGAAAAACCCACACUGGAGUCAAACCAUUCAAAUGUGAAGAAUGUUACAAACAAUUUACAAGAAAAUAUGAUUUAGAAAUCCACAAAAGAGUGCAUAGUGACGUGAAACCAUACAAAUGUAAAGAAUGUGACAAGCAAUUUACAAGAAAACAUCAUUUAGAGAAACACAAAAGAAUCCAUGCUAACGUGAAACGUCAGUACCACGAAAGUGUCCAUAGUGGCGUGAAACCAUACAAAUGUAAAGAAUGUAACAAGCAAUUCACAGGAAAAGAUGGUUUAAAGUACCACGAAAGAGUCCAUAGUGGCUUGAGACCAUUCAAGUGUAAAGAAUGUGACAUGCAAUUUACAAGAAAACAUCAUUUACAGAACCACAUAAGAGUCCAUAGUGACGUGAAACCAUACAAAUGUAAAGAAUGUAACAAGCAAUUUACAAGAAUAGAUCAUUUAAAGUACCACGAAAGAGUCCAUAGUGCUGUGAAACCAUACAAAUGUAAAGAAUGUAACAAAGAAUUUACACUAAAAAAUUCUUUAGUUCUCCAUGAAAGAAUCCAUACUGCAAUGAAGCCAUACAAAUGUAAAGAAUGUAACAAACAAUUUACAAGAAAAGAUCAUUUAGAGAUCCACACAAGAGUUCAUAGUGGCGUGAAACCAUACAAAUGUAAUGAAUGUAACAAAGAAUUCACACAAAAAUAUUGUUUAGUUAUCCAUGAGAGAAUCCAUAGUGGAAUAAAACCAUACAAAUGUAAAGAAUGUAAUAAGCAAUUUACAACAAAACAUCAUUUAGAGACACACAAAAGAGUCCAUAGUGACGUGAAACCAUACAAAUGUAAUGAACGUAACCAGCAAAUAAGUCAAGAAGUUAGUUUAGAGACACAUAAAAUGAGUCACAUCGGAGAGAAGCCGUAUAGAUGUGAAGAAUGUAACAACCACUUUACAUUAAAAUCUGAAUUAGAGAGACAUAAAAAAAUACACACCGAUGAACAAUCAUACGAAUGCGAAAUAUGUGAAACACUUUUUUUCGAUGAAACAAGUUUAAUGAAACAUAUUGAAACACACAUAUAUAGGAUACCAUAACUUUGUUGUUUCGUAAAAUGAUAAAGCAGUGUAUGUAACUGUACAUAAUUAGGCAUUAAAACACUCGUGUAAUACUAUUAUGAAACUCAUUUCAUUCGUUUCAUAAACCCACACUCGUAUUUUAAUGCCUUUUAUUAUGUAGCAGUCACAUAAACUACUAAUAAUAGCUCAGUUUAAUGUGGUUAUUCCAUCAACAGAGACGUAUACAUAGUGUUUUAUUCGGAAUCAGUCAACAAUUUCCCUCCACUGCUAUUUACUUCACCAUAUUGCUAGUUACAUUUUCACAGACAAAAUAUAGUAUUUAUCCUUAAGCUGGCUCAUUUUACUUAAAGGAGACAUUCCUUUAUUUUUAUAAAGAAACUGAUGCGGACAAAGCCGGUCCCAUCAUAGGUUCCGCCUAAAAUGAUUGGCACAAGGGCGGGCAGCUGCGUCAGCUACUCUCUCUCUCUCGUCUCUCUUACUCUAAACAUGGGCCACCAACAUGGGUUCCUGGCGCUUCCCUGGUGCGCAAGUACACAUGUACUGUAGGAGCUGCC